UUUUUCGUCAUCAGAGAUGGCUGCGUGUCGCGCGCAGGUGCUGAAACUAGCACGUGCUCUGAACAGAGUGCAGAGUGUGAGAUGUUGCAGCACCAGGAGUCCCGCGUUGACUGCUUUGCCUGAAGAGGAUGUCAUGAUGAGGGACAUGGCGACGAAAUUCGCCAGAGAGAAAAUCCAGCCCCUUGUGAUAAAGAUGGAUGAGGACGAGAAGUUCGAUCCCGGGAUGAUUAAAGACCUUUUUGAGAAUGGGUUCAUGGGAUUGGAGAUUCCAGAAGAGUUUGGUGGAGCAGGCACAUCGUUCUUCCAAUCCCUGCUGGUGAUUGAAGAAAUAUCUCGAGUUGAUCCCACCGUUGGCAUCCUCGUGGACAUUCAAAACACGCUCAUCAACGCGCUGAUUUCAUCGUUGGGAACCAAGGCGCAGAGAGAAAAGUAUCUUCCGAGGCUGGCCCAGCAAACCGCGGGGUCCUUUUGUCUCUCUGAGCCCGAAUCGGGUUCUGAUGCAUUUGCCAUGAAAACUCCCACUCAGCAGCAGCCAUGA